AUGCGAAGAAUGAAUAACGGAACAAAAUGGACACUAUUUUUUAUCUUUAUAAUAGCGUUUGGUCUGACUGCUUUCAAAAUGUUUGAAAGUUUAUCGACCAAGAGAAGAGUGAAGCCAAAUGUAUACCCAAAGUCGCACAACUACGAGCUAAUUUUACUUCGCAAUGAGGCUCCUCAUAUCCGUACGUUUACUACAAAGGCAAUUAUAAAACCAACCGCUGUGAUUGUGACAAAGCCGCCUAUACCUGUGAUAAAGCCGUUAAAAGUGUCUUGGAAACAGGGUGAAAUAUUCUACCGUGAAAUCAAGCCAAUAAAGUCAUCUAAACUAAAUGUUCUAUUAUUACACGGACGAGAGUUUACAUCUGCAAAUUGGACGAGUUUAAAAACCAUGGAUAUAUUGGCUAAGCAUGGAUAUCACGUGAUCGCUAUGGAUUUACCAGGUUCUGGGAAGUCAACAUAUAAAAUCAAUGAUUUGCAAUCAGAUAAGAAAAGAGCAAAAGUUUUGGAAAAUUUCAUCCGUAAAGUAGGUCUUCUAUCACCGGUGAUUGUGUCUCCUUCAGCAAGUGGACGCUACAGCCUGCCUUAUAUUGCUUCUUUAAGAGAUCCUAAAGCAGUAAGUGGGUUUAUUUCUAUUGCUGUGGAAGGCACGGACAGAAUACUGGGGAAAAACAUGAAACAUUUCCCACCAACCUUGAUCCUCCGAGGCUCAAGAGAUACCUCACUGGGUGUGACAUCAUCAAAUGCACUAAAGAUGUAUGUGCCUCAUACUACAGAGAAAGUUAUUAAAAAGGCAGGACGUUUUUGUUAUAUCAAUAAACCUGACGAAUUUCAUGAAAUAUUGCUAAAUUUUUUGCGUGAUAGCGUUGGACAAAAUAUAGUUUGA